UCACGAGUAAGGAGGAACUAAACCACAGUUUACUUUCACUCUCACAGCCUUAGGAAAUAAAAUAUCAGAAGUAGGCUAGACUAUGAACCACACAAUGUUUUGGCAUAUAUAAUUUGAAUGUACUUUUAUUAUCUGAACAAACAAACGAAUGAGCAAAUAUGCCCAAACUAACGCUCAUCGGAUUGUACUUUUGGAUUUGUCUGGCGCAAAAGGUGGUUUCCAGAGAUCUUUAUCAUGAAGUUGGAGGGAAGCUCGUGUUGACGCCGGACAAGUCCACAGUGCCUGACUCCAUCACAAGCAUCAUAUGGAAGCAUGGGAAGGACAAGGUGGCAGAAUGGGACAAGGAUUUCGGUGGUCUGGACAUCUAUGGUGAAUUUAAAAAGCGUACAACCCUGGACAAGACUACUGGAGAGCUGAGAAUCAGUGGAUUGAUGAAAACAGACAGUGGAGUUUAUUCUGUGGAGUUCAACAGCAAACUGCUUGACAAGACAUAUACACUAUCUGUUAUCAAGGCAGUUCCCAAACCCAAAAUCACUUCUUCCUGUAACGCCAACCAAACCUCCUGCACUCUGACCUGUGAAGGUGACACCACUGAUGCUGAACCCGUCACCUACAGAUGGAAAGUGGCAGAGGGGGCGUGGGAAGUCGGAGUAGAACAGUUUAAUGUCUUUAAGAGCGACACUGGCCAAUCAAACAACGGUUACAAGUACAUCUGCAAGCUGAGUAAUGCUGUUAGUGGGAAAGUCAGUGAGCCAGUUGGAGAGGUGUUUGGUUCAGAGCCUUCCAGUACCAGUACUAUUGUUGUUGGUGUUGUCAUAUUAGUGCUUAUUAGUGCUUGCGUCAUAACAGGAUUUCUGGUGUGGAAGAAAAAGACAAAAUAUCCCCAAAACACCUGGAUCGACUUUUUGAGAAAGUUUUGUGGUGCAAGGUUUGUUAGAUCCAGUGAUGGAAACAACCAAACCACAGUUAAACUCAGUGAUGGAGUCCAGCCAGAACAAGAGACGGUUAGGCUACUGUCCAACAAAACAAGGGAUGAUGACACAGACAAAUUGCAGCGGAAUGGAGGCAGUGAUGGAGUCCAGCCAGACCCAGUGGCCGAGUCUAAAACGGAUGGCAGCGCUGCACCAGUGGGCGAGGAUGAGUCUAAAAUGGAUGGCAGCGCUGCACCAGUGGGCGAGGAUGAGUCUAAAACGGAUGGCAGCGCUGCACCAGUGGGCGAGGAUGAGUCUAAAACGGAUGGCAGCGCUGCACCAGUGGGCGAGGAUGAGUCUAAAACGGAUGGCAGCGCUGCACCAGUGGGCGAGGAUGAGUCUAAAACGGAUGGCUGCGCUGCACCAGUGGGUGAGAAUGAGUCUAAAACGGAUGGCAGCGCUGCACCAGGGGCUGACCUGAACGCAGCUGAAGGAGAGGCAAAAGGAGGGAAAUAUGAUUCCGUAUUGUAGGACGACAGGGAACUGUGGACCAGAGGUACGCAGAGGAUCAUGAAGACAAGAGAACCCACCGUCUCACCUGAGUUACCAGCACUGGACGACAAGACAUUCUAACGUUCAGAGAACAUUUCCAUAGCAAUAGACUGGCUUGUGUUCGGUGAAACUGAGGUCCAUUUUUAACAGUCACUUGUCCUUUCUAAACAAGUGUGCUUUAUAAAAACAAGGAGUGGGAAAUGUGUGGCAAUAGUUUGACCCCUAGAAGACCUUUUUAAAAUUGAAAGUAUAGAAAUGCACAAGCCCAACAAAGAAAAGCAUCAUAUUAAAGCUUUGAUCAUAAACCAACUCAAACUUGGAUGCAAUAAGGCUUUCUUGUAUCAGAUAUAACCAGCAAUCAAAUGAAUAGUCAAUACUGUCAGUAGUCCAAAGGUCAAAGUCAAAAAGAGAUUCAGUUCAACCAAAAAUGUCCUUUAAAUCCAGGAUUCCCAAGAUUCAAUUCAGUUCUUUCCCAAAAAAGGUAAAUCCACAAAAAAUAUAAAUUAUAUUCCAAUAGUAAGAGCAGGAGAGUCGAUCAACAAUUCACAUUCAAUCAGAUACACUCAUCAUUCCGUGGUGUUGAAUGGAAGUCCUUAAAUCCAGUCAUUUCCCUUUUAUUGGCAAAUAAUCCAGUGGAACAGGUUUAAACUACACCAUUACGGAGCUAUUUUACUUGCAUAGUUUUCAAAAAAGCAUUUUCUCUUUGUUCCUCACACCAUAGCCUAGCCACACACACAUGACCACAUACUUAAAUUGACAGGUAUCAUUUCUGGCCAAUCAACAGAUUAUCCACUUUGUGGCACUUACAUCAUGGCAAGGAAUACAUGCAUGACCAUUAAUUCUGUUUCGUAUCACAUUUAAUGUGGCAACAUUACACUCGUUAGUUUAUUUUAAUCUUGUUUAGUAAGUAAUGUCCAAAGCUGCCCUCUUCUACUCUGCAUAUGUCUGAUCUUCCACCUGUCCUCUCUUCUAUUUAAGAACACAAUUAUUGCCAGCAAGUGUUAUGCACAUGUCAAGAUAUUAAGUAAACAAGCAGAGGAAUUUCCAUGCCCUGAACCGUAGGCCUACUGUAUUUCAACUGAAUUUGCUUGUUUUUAUGCUUAUAUUGACAUGAUCAUUUUCCCUUGUUCUACAUGAAUCCUAGUGUAUGUGGUUUGUGUGUUGUUUGUGUGUUGUAUGUAAGAAGUUUGGAUAAAAGCCUUUAUAUAUUUUGCAAAAAACCCUCAGGCCAAAUAUAUUUAAAUAUGAAAAUAACAAGGGGUGCUGCUGAGAAUCUUUGUCAUAGUAUUUUUCUCCGCUCAUAUAGGAGUAUUUUGUUUAUAUUACAACACACACACACAUAUAUUUAUAUAUAAAAAGUUUGGAAACCUA